AUGCUGCCCCUUAUAUCAUAUAUUAUCCAUAAUACAUACACCCAUUUGCGUAUUCAUCAUACCCAGAUUCUUGUUUUGUGUUCCUCUUAAUAGGUUUCACAAGCUUUUCUACUCUACCCAAUGGAACCCAGAUUCAGAUUAUCACUUUUCAUCUUGUUGCUGGCCUCUAUAUCCUUCACUGCAGAAUCAGGAUGUAGCAAGGGUUGUGAUUUAGCUUUAGCUUCAUACUAUCUUUGGGAUGGUUCUAACCUCACAUAUAUUUCAAAGAUUAUGUAUUCCCAGGUUCUUUCUAAACCUGAAGAUAUUGUCCCCUAUAACAAAGACAUAAAAAGCAAAGACUCUGUCCAAUCCUUUACCAGAGUGAACGUUCCAUUCCCUUGUGAUUGCAUCAAUGGUGAGUUUCUGGGUCACACAUUUCUGUACACGUUUCAGCCAGAUGAUACUUACACAUCAGUUGCAAGCAAGCGUUUUUCUGAUUUGACCACCGAUGAGUGCAUGCAAAGGUCAAACAUUUAUCCACCAGACAAUAUUCCUGAUUUUGAAUUGCUUAAUGUCACUGUUAACUGUUCCUGUGGGAACAGCGAGGUUUCCAUGGAUUAUGGAUUGUUCAUCACAUACCCACUUAGACCUGAGGACACUUUGCAUUCAAUUGCAAACCAGACCAACCUUGAGCCCGAGUUGCUGCAGAAGUACAACCCGGGUGUAAAUUUUAACCAAGGGAAGGGUCUGGUUUAUAUUCCAGGGAAAGACCAAAAUGGUAGCUAUGUGCCCCUUCGCCUAAGCACUGGAGGUCUAGCGCGUGGGUUCAUCGCUGGAAUAUCUGUUGGAGUAGCAGUAGCAGGACUUCUGCUAUUGGCAUUUUGUGUGUAUUUUACAUAUUACCGAAGAAAGAAGGUAUUGAAGAAAAAGUUGCUCUCUGUAGAAAAGAGCGUGAAGUCUGUUCGAGUUAAGAAUGAUAAAGCCUCUGGUAAUGCUAAAGACGAAGCUGCAGAUUCUGGUGGUCCUGCUGCUGCAGGUGGUACUAACACCAUAGGCAUUAGGGUGGACAAAUCGGCUGAGUUUUCAUACAAAGAACUAGCCAAUGCCACAAAUAACUUCAGCAUGGCUAACAAAAUUGGUCAAGGUGGUUUUGGGGUAGUCUACUAUGCUGAGCUGAAUGGCGAGAAAGCUGCAAUAAAAAAGAUGGACAUGAAAGCAUCGAAAGAAUUUCUUGCUGAACUGAAAGUGUUGACACAUGUUCAUCACUUGAACCUGGUACGCUUGAUUGGAUAUUGCAUUGAGGGUUCCCUUUUCCUUGUCUAUGAAUGCAUUGAAAAUGGAAACUUAAGCCAACAUCUACAUAAUUCAGAUGUAGGACCUUUGCCAUGGUCUACACGAGUUCAAAUUGCUCUGGAUUCAGCCAGAGGUCUUGAAUACAUUCACGAACAUACAGUGCCUGUAUAUAUCCAUCGUGACAUAAAGUCAGAAAAUAUUUUAUUAGACAGAAACUUCCGUGGAAAGGUUGCAGAUUUUGGAUUAACCAAGCUCAUUGAUGUUGGAACUUCAUCAUUUCCCACUGUUAACAUGGCUGGCACAUUUGGUUACAUGCCACCAGAAUAUGUGUAUGGCAGUGUUUCUCCCAAAAUAGAUGUAUAUGCUUUUGGAGUUGUUCUUUAUGAAUUAAUUUCUGCUAAAAAAGCUGUGAUCAAGGAUGGUGUGUCUGGUGCUGAAUUGAAGGGCCUUGUAGCUUUGUUUGAUGAAGUUUUUGAUGAGCCAGAUCCUACAGAAGGUCUUAAAAAACUGGUAGAUCCUAGGCUUGGAGAUAAUUGCUCAAUUGAUUCAGUUCGCAAGAUGGCACAACUUGCCAAAGCGUGUACCGAGAGAGAGCCACAACAACGUCCAAAUAUGAGCUCUGUUGUGGUUGCUCUUACAACACUUACUUCAGCUACUGAGGAUUGGGAUUUUGCUUCCAUCUACAAAAAUCCUGCUCUUGUAAAUCUAAUGUCUGGAAGAUAGGAGUAGAAUGUAGGAUACAAAUAUCACCGUUUUUUUUUUUUUUUUGUUGGUAAGCUCAAAUGUCUGAAAGGUUGAAAGGUUAUGGGUCAUAUAUUUGAAUUCAGGAAACUGCAUCUUUGUAAUUAUGUAAGGGUAAGACUGUGUACAAGUAUUAUCUCCACUU